AUGGUUCGCGCUGAUCGAUGUUGCGUUGGACCCUGUGACAAUGAUAAACGAUGCCCUAAAAGAUUAGUUGUCAUGGAACAUGUUGAAGAGUUAAAAUGGCACCGCUUUCCUACGAAAGACGAAAAUCGAAAAAGGAAAUGGGCUUCACUUGUGGCCAAAGGGAGAUGUGAGUUUGUUCCAACUGAUAACAGCCGCAUAUGUUCAAACCAUUUUCCAGAUGGCAAACCCACCAAUAAAAAUCCAAAUCCCAUACUUUAUUUGACAUUAGAUGACUACCGACACCCAAAAAAAUUAAAUUUACGAGAGAGUCCUUCAAAAAAAAGAAAAGUUUCCUCAUGCAGCCCUCAGCCUUCAUGUUCAACAAUGGAUGAACAGGAGGAAUGUUCAGAAAACCCUAUUCCUGCUAUUGAUAAUGUCAACAUUGCCAUUGCAAUGCAGUUUGCUCAAAUUACUAGAGAAAGUGAUGUUAGAUUUUUUACUGGGUUUGAGAGCACAAAAAGUUUCCAAGAAAUAUUCAACUUUUUAGUGCCAAGAGCACGACUGAUGAAAUAUUGGGAAGGUGUAAAAAGAAGUUCCGGUGUAGAGAGAGAAGAACCUAAUCAGCAAAGAAUUGAUACCAUAAUAUUAUCAAAUGUGUAUGCGGAAGGAUCUGUAUUGCCCAUUAACAAACCAGGACCUCAGCGAAAGACUACCUUAGAACAAGAAUUUUUAUUAACUGUCAUGAGAUUGCGUCUGGGAUUGCUCAUUAAGGACUUGGCUUUUAGAUUUCAAAUUUCAACCACCAGAGUUUCUCAAAUCUGGAUAACUUGGGUCAAGCUUUUAUCGAAAGAACUACGGCACCUCAUUAUAUGGCCAUCUAAAGGUCAAAUAUAUGCUACUUUACCAGAUGCCUUCAAACGCUUUUAUCCAAAAGUCAGAGUCAUCAUUGAUUGCUCAGAAGUUUUUUUGGAGACGCCGUCAUCUCUGGAGGUUGGUGCAUAUCUUUGGAGUGAUUACAAGCACCAUUACACUUUCAAGUUUUUAAUAGCCAUCACACCAAAUGGAGCAGUUUCAUGGAUAUCUCCAUGUUAUGGUGGAAGGACAAGUGAUGUUUUUAUUGUUAGAAACUCUGGAUUUUUAGACUUACUUGAACCUUAUGACACUGUUAUGGCAGACAGGGGGUUUAAGAUAAAGUCAGACCUCACAAUGAAGAGAUGCUAUUUAGCAAUCCCUCCAAGUGCAGCUAAAGGCAAUCAAAUGAUAUCAGAUGAUGUCGCUGUUACAAGUAAAGUUGCCAAUGUAAGAAUCUUUGUUGAAAAAGCCAUUGCAAGAGUUAAAUGGUUUAGAAUUUUAUCUACGGAACUUACUAUGUUGGAACUGCCAUUGGUUGAUGACAUUCUUAUAAUAUGUUGUGCAUUAGUGAACUUAUUUCCUCCAUUGCAAGCUGAGAAAAUUGACAUUGACACAUGA